GCUCGUGUUACGAUUCGAGUGUCGAUCGUAACCUUGUUAUAAAAGAAUGAAAUGGACUGGUAACUGACUCAAGUCUGGACACUUGGGUGGUUUUUAAAACUUAUAGCCAUUAAGGGCACGAUCAUGUCGUCUCUUAAGCAGCCGCUGUCUCCCCGUGUGAUACCUCUCUUAAAAGACUCCCAGCAAACACCUGCAAAGACGCCACAUGCUCACAUCUCCAAGUAUGCGGACCCUAAGCUGCUCUCGUCUACGUGGGCUUUGGACGUCAGGAAGGACAUUAACCUGCAUGAAGAGAGGGGUGAACGGCCGGACAAUUCUCUGAUCAAUGAUCUGAUCACCGAACUCAGUGCUGUGUUCAUAUCAGCGCUACAAAGGAAUAGUCGGCACCAGUGGCUGUAUCUUGCUGAGGUUUUGAGGAUUUGCUUGCCUUAUUCACAUUACCUACAGGAUGAUGACCAGCUGAGGCACUAUGUGAACAGAACGUAUUAUCAAACCAGACAGUACACCACUCCGACUGCGGGAUCAGAUCUUGAUGACUUAUUGGCCAACCUCUUCCCCAAGGCUGUACUUGCUUUGAAAUCUACUGGAGGAGAUGCCAAGGAUUACCGGAACCCUUUGACUCCCGCUCGGACACCCAAUGGCUCCUCCCCGAGAUACAACCCCCUCUCAAUGUCCCUUCCAGAUGGAGCAGACCCUUAUACACUGGAGCGACCUGGAGAUGAGGAGAAGCACACCCCGAGAGGCAUUAACCUGGGUCACAUACGGGAGGUCCUCCCAUCGGUCGUCAUGGAAACCACCAGACAUGAAGCUGUGUGGAGUGAAGGCCUGGGUAUGACAGCAGCAGCCAUGAACAUUGAUCUCAACGAUAAGAAACCUUCCCCUCGUAUCCCAGCACCCCCUCCAAGACUCCCGGACUCCUCGUGGAAAUCAGAAGGGCUCCCUCUACGCCAGGAAGAUCUGGCUGUCAGUGAGGAUGCUGAAUCAGAACUAAGUGAGGAUAUCCCGCUAACAGGCAAAGAGGUCGUGGAGAUGUUCGGCAAAGGCCGUCACCUUGGCAACGCCAAGUUCAUCUACCUGAAUCGUACUCCGACGCGCCACUUCAUGCCGUACGAGCUGACCGUCGUUCCUAAACACAAGGCCAACCCUGAGGAACACUGGAUUGUGUCUUGCUUUGGGAUCAUGCACAAGGUCAGAGGUCAGCCUGCGGAGAGUAUGAACCUGUAUGACUGGCACAGAGAGGCCGUCUUGUGGGGCAUCCUGACGAAGAUCCCAUUCUUCAAGUAUAAUCUACUGAGGAAGACGUUCAACAGAUGGAGAUCUGGUCAGAAGCAUCAGGAGUUUUGUAACAUCCGUAAGAAGGUCCAUGAUACUCUCCUGCUAGCUGUGCCAGGGUUCGGAGCCGCCUCUAUUCAGGUCUCUAAGCUCCUCCAGGAGCUUGGUACUGUACGCUUUCUCCCCCUGGAGCUAGACCAUUGCUUCACACUUCCUGAAUUCGAGCAUAGGACUAAAAUGAUGUACAAAACUGGUCAGGUCAUCCUCAACAAAUUCUUCCACUUCUGUAAAUUAAUCUUGGAUAAGGCUUGUGAGGACUCCUAUGCCAUGCUGGAUUUCUGUAAACAACAGGCAAAUAAAGACAAAGCCCUAUUCUCUAAGGAAUCGCUGUUUGUCCAAAGACAGAAGAAAGAGCAGAGGGAGGCCAACCUUCUCAAAGCUCAAAAUGAAACAAAGCGUCUUGGUAACUUCAUUCUUCUGGUUGAUCAGAUGCUCGUUUGCCAUCUUCUUGCUUUGACCCGGUAUAAUGUCUGUACCUUCGUCAGACACACCAUGGUGGGGACCAUAGACGCCCCACGGGAAGCACUUUACAAAGCUAAACUGAACUUCACUAGUAAAGGGGCAUUGACUCUGCAUCCAUCCAAACAGAUGUUCUUAGACUCUCUUGAUGCAACCAUCAUCAAAUUGGCUAACAUCAUUAGCGAUGCUGCUAGGCCUAUUGAAGAGGUCACUGCCGGAUGGGUCGGAAACCAGAGAGAAAGGCUUUUCCAGAAAGACGAGGACGCAGACGAGGGACGUUCUGAUUCUGAAAUGUCUGUCAGAGAAGCCGCUUCAUCUCAGCGAUUUAUAUCCACCGCAGCAGAAAGGCUACAGGAACCUGUCUUGAUAGAACAGAAGACUCCCAGGAAGGAGUUUGACCAUCUGGGGGUCGCGACCCCUGAACUCUGCAAGAAGAAUGACCUCCAGGAGGACUACGUGGUCGUUGGAGAACGCAUGGUUGGACAGUACAACCCACUCACUGAAGGGAGUCUGGCAGAUAGACUACUCUCUGAUGAGGAGAUUUCAUCAGCCAGAGAACUACAAACGGAGAUCAUCACGGCAGCCUUGGAAGAAAUCGAUACCUUCUGUGAGCACCAAUCGUGGCUCGCUGAUAUUCACCGCUUUGCUCGCAAGUGGAAUAAGGACACCGUCUUGCAGUGGAAGAGAGCUCAGGCAUACAGCAUAGAGACCAAACUCGGUGAGAUUCGUGACUGGUGCGAGCAGGUGAAGAACGUGGACCGGAGCUUCGUGACCCAGAACGGACUCUUCCACAUCGACUGCGGGGCCAUCCAGGAGGACCUCGUACCUCUUCUUAACAACGCGUUCAGGGAUCUUCUCAACUUCACAGCCAGCGAGGCAAAGAACCUCUCCAUGGAGUUUAUGACGGAGAUCAAGGGCGUGGUUAUGGAUAUGCAGCAUUGUGGUCAAUAUAAACUUGCAGUCAAGCGAAAGGGUAUGAAAGAGAAGAGCACUGAUGUAAAAGAUUUCGCUGACUAUGCCAAGCAGUACAACAGGUAUAAGAUUAAGAUGCCUGAACUACAGAAAGAAGUAGAAUAUGUCAAGUCACUCUUUGAGGUGAUUCGUCUAAGUUAUCGUUCCCUAACCCCGGAAGAGGAAAAGUGCGAGGAAGGGGUGUGGCAGAAUUGGGAGGCAUUCUUGCUACAGCUUCAGGACGCUGCUGAAUUCGUCAACAUGCAGACUCCCAUUCAAAUUGGCAACCUUGAUGAAGAAUACCAGCUUUUAUACAGCGAAGCCAAGAAGAUCUCCAGUGAAGCUUCCAAAGGCAUCUUCUUGGACCCAUCUCAGAAACCCAUGAUGAUCUUAGACAAGCUCUCUCAGCUCUUUAACAAGUUCACCAGGGUCAACAGCCGCAUCAAUGAGUGCAGCGAACACAAGAUGAAGAUCACUGGUCAGAAGUACGAUGUCUCCGAGCUGACAGAGAUGUUUCAGGCCAUGACCGUCAGGCACCAACUCUGGAAGUUUGUUGAAGUCUCGACGGGUGGCAUUGUGGAUUGGAAGCAGAUGUUGUUCAGAAAGAUGAAUGUGUCUAAAGCUAUGUCUAAGGUGACAGAUUGGCAACAGGCUGCGGGCCAGCUCAAACAGGUGUUGCCCCAGGGCGAUCUAGUACUGGCCCAUUGGUACCAGCUACUCUCAGACUUCAAGCAAGACUUGCCCCUGCUCCUCAAGCUUUCAAGUGACUGCCUCAAGUCUCGCCACUGGAAGUCCCUAUUCCUAGCCCUGGGCCAGGUGUAUGAGCCUGGACGACAGUACUACGUACGAGAGCUCCUGUCCUACAACCUGAGUGAACACAGCCUGCAGAUCAGUACCAUAUGCGCCGGAGCGACGGCAGAGUUUGAUCUGGAGCAGAAACUGGUCAAGCUGAGGAAGGUCUGGGAGGAGAAGGAAUUCAAACUUGCCAAGUACCUCGCACCAGGGAAGGAAACGUUUGAUUUUGAGCUGCCAUCAAGUGAUAAGAAAGAUGGAAAGAAGGCCAAAUCUGAUAUGUACACAUUAAUUGGACAUGAAGAAUUGAAAUAUCUGUUAGAGGAUAACCAGUUGACCCUUCAGAGUAUGCUUGUGUCCCCUCAUCUUGCUGACCUUCGACCUGAAGCGGAUUCCUGGGCGUUGACCUUGAGGCAGGUUGAGGACAUGCUGGAGCUAUGGACUGUCUGUCAGAAGAAGUGGUUGUAUCUGAGCCAGGUGUUUUCGGAUGAAAUUGUAGGGGAGAACCAGCCAUAUCUAGCCAACCAGUUUGAGGGUGUAGACGAAAAAUACCAGGAGUUUAUUACAGCCGUGGUUGACGACCCCAAGGUCCUGUCUAUUCUGAAUAGACGGAAAGGAACCAAGGGCUUUAGAGAGUUGCAGGGUGACAAUCUGACCAUACUACUCAACAGUCUCAUAAAAAUCCAAGAUGACAUUCUCGCAAACUUGGACCCGUUCUCGGCCACCAAGUACUCCAUUGAAACGGCCCGUAGAAAGUACCCUCGGCUGUGCUUCCUCAGCAACCAUGAGCUCAUCGAUCUCUUCUCGAAUUUCAAGGAUAGGCAGAGGUGGAUCCCUCAGGUGAGGGCUCUGUUUCCUGGAGUUCGUCAUUUAGACUUCGAGGCUCCGACCAGUUCAGAAGACGGGAUGAGUGCGCUUGAUCUGCUUUUGAAUUCUGACAAGCUUGAGGUGACAGCCCUCCGUGGAUCCCUUGAUGAACGACUGAGCCUGAUCACUCCCCUACCGUCCAAGCCAUCUCCUCCUGCCUGGCUCAGUUCACUGGAGAUCGCCAUCAAGACCACCAUGGGGAAUACACUUCACUCCUGCCUUGAAUCAAGACUAAGAGAAGGCAUGGUGACUGGAGAUAUCCUGUCCGAAUUGAGCUCUUUAGACCGCAACCCUUCCGCAGACCCUGACGUGGAGGCUCAACUAAAGAAGGCUGUUCGGCAAAGUUUCUGCCAGUGGCUGCUGCGUUUCCCAUCACAGUGUGUCCUCACCGGAGAGGGGGUGCUCUGGAGUAGGGACGUGUUGCCUGCCGUCAGGAAGGGUGAUCUGAAACAGCUUACUCAGAUCAGGGAUAAUCUGCAGAGACGGCUCGACCAGUACAGCCUGAUCUUGAGGGAGAACAAUCAGAGUCCAGUGACCUCGGAGGCUUCGGCUCGUCUCCAGAUUCUGGUUGGUUCAUUGAUCGAGCAAGGCAUGCACCAUAGGGACAUCGUAGAAGACUUGUUAGCAAAGAAAGAGCUUUCCGAUAGAGACUUUGACUGGCGAAAGGUGCUGCACUAUGACAUGGACUUCAAGACGGUGCUAUGUGCUCAAUCCGUGGUUGAUCCAGACCAGGAGACCGGCAGGAAGAGCGAAGCAGCCAAGUCCGUAAUGACCACAACUGAUGAUUUCUCUACCAUAACAGAUAAACCACAAACACGAGAAGCUGCUGGACCUAGAACCAAAACUGUGGUUGGGACCGGCUUUGCAUUCGGCCCUCUGCGGGUGUGUCAACUAGGAGCUACUUUCCCCUAUGACCAUGAGUACCUCGGACCCGGUCCACGCCUAGUGGCCACUCCGCUGACUGACCGAUGCCACAUGAGCUUGACCAAUGCCAUGAGGCAGAGGCAGUGUGGCGCGGUCAUCGGUCCUAGCGGGGUGGGCAAGACGGAAACGGUCAAGGAGCUUGCCAAUUUUAUGGGUCAGAAUGUAGUUACAUUGGACUGUGCUGUGGACAGUAGUAUCGUGACGGUCAGUAGGUUCCUAUCGGGCGCUGUUCAGAGUGGAUCUUGGUUACUCCUAGACAACGCAGAUAGACUGACACAUGGUCUUAUGGCAGUAGUAAGCCAACAGUUGGAGUAUCUUUGCCAUGCUUAUCACAUUCUCCAAGACACGAACUGCCUGUACAGUAAAAGGGGAGCCAGCAAACAUGACUACAAGAAUCCUGAACCGACCAGUCCAAAGAGAAGGCACUCCUUAGCAACCCUUCAUUCCUCUCAAGUACGCGAUGACAGUCACACCCAACGACCGACGACAUUCCCAGCUUCUACAAAUGAGAAGCACGGGCCAUCUAAGUUUGAUGAUGUGUUCGGAGAUUACGAGGAAGAAUGCGAAGUGGGACAGUUUGGGAAGCGACGUCACUCCAUCUCUAGAUCUCAGUACACCCCGGAGGAUCACUACGACAGUGACGUACCAACUGUACCCCUAUUUGUAGAGAUGCAAGGUCCUGUCAUGUAUCGAGCUAUGAUAAGGCGGCCAGCAUCUCGGGACAGCCUCACCGAUUCACCAGAGUUCAGUCCCCUGCAGCAGUGGACAUACAGACCUGAGAACUGCGGCUACGUCAGCUUCGAUUCCAGGAUGGUUCUGGCCAACGUCAACUACAACUGCUUCAUGACGAUCAACACAGGAGAUGCCCUCGGACACCCUAUUCCAGAAAGCCUCAAGAACACCAUGCGACCUGUUGCCAUGGUAAAACCAGACCUGAGUAUUAUUCUAGAGACUGUCCUGAUCUAUAAUGGUUUCCAGGAAGCACCCAUGCUUGCUGCCAAGCUCUGUCAGCUUUCCAAGAUGGUUCAGCAUACGUUCCCUGAGGAACCCAUCUAUCAGCUGAGUGUUGGAAACCUAAAGGGGAUCAUCCAUCUGGCCACCUCCAGACUCUUCUCAAAGAGAAGACGAUAUCAGCUCUCAGCCAGGAGCAGUGGCAAUGACAUGUCCAGGAUUAGCAGUGAAGAAGUGAUUGAACCUGUUCCCGGGGACGACCAGGACUUCAUUACUGGUCUAGAGGAAGACGAUCUCCACCGAGAAGAAUGCUCAUUGGUCUUUGCCCUUCAGCUGUUCCUGACCCCACGCAACCGCUCCGUCGAACACUCCACCAUGCUGAGGAACAUGCUACGGAGCCUCUUCCCUUGGGGUAUGGGCAGCCUGGGGAGAGGGGUGGGGGCGGAGCAUGAUCCGGUGCUGGUGGACGCCAUCCAGAGCCAGUUUGUGGCCGAUUGUCUCCAGGCCACUCCCCUCCAUGUAUCCAAGGUGCUGGAGUUGUACGAGUCGCUGCGGUACAAGUCUGGCGUUGUCCUGGUGGGUUCAGCAGGAAGCGGCAAGACCGUGUGCUACCAGACCCUGUGUAGGGUGCUCAACAGUCUUCAAGCCAAUCCUCCAACUCCCGACGAGGGACCCACUGCUCCCAUGCAUGGACCUAAAGUACAGGGUUUGGAGGGAGUUCCCCGUCAUCAGUUGUCCCAGCCGAUGGAGCGGUUGCGACGUAAGGCAGAGGUGGUGUCCUUCAUGACCCUCCACUGGAUGGACACUGCAUCCCGUGGAGCUGAGAAACCGUCCUACCCGAGAGUGGAUUCCUCCGUUAUCUACCCAGCUACCCUAUCGAUGAAGCAGCUGAUCGGUGAGUUUAACGUCGACAGACAUCGAUGGAGGGACGGUCUGGUCACGUCCCUGAUCUACGGCUCCGGUCAGUCCAUGCAGACGGCCGAAGAGAUGCAGAGAGAAUUGCAGGAGAACAAGAAGAAGAACGCCACCAAAGGGAUGCUCAACCCUCCGACCGUCAUUCAGAAGUGGGUCGUCAUGGAUGGGGUGAUCGAUCCCCGAUGGGCGGAGACCCUGGCCGGUCUGAUUGGGACUGGGCGUGGCAUGGUCGGUGGUAGAGGAAGCACUACGUUACCCAGCGGCGAAAGGUUGCCUAUGCCAAACUGUACAUCACUUAUAUUUGAGACUAGCACAGUGACCAAUGCGUCUCCGGCCACUAUGGCUAGGUGUGCGGUCAUCCAUUUUGGCACCACUGUGGUCAGCUGGAAGUCCCUGGUCGAGUCCUGGAUUUCAGGAGCACAGUCAUGCUGGGAGGUUAGCAACAAUAGUUUGCAACUUCUGCAGAACCUGAUGGACGAUACCUUUGCCCGCACCCUGGACUUCCUGUCCAACACCCACUGCAUCCCUGCCCUGGAAUCCGACCUACCCAGGACCGCCGAGUCCUGCCAGGCGACGGGGGUCGGCAUCAGGGAGGUUGGGUCGUUCCUACGCAUUCUGACUGCCUUGUGUGACCAUCAUCUUGUCCGGGAGAGCGGCGAUGGGAACGCUUCUCCGGCUACCAGUGACAAUAAGCUUGAUGAGCGGAAGACUCCUCGCCCCACCCCCACACCCACCCCAUCCCUGAGUGUCAGUAGCAUGACAAGACACACAGCAAACAAGACCACGCUACUCACAUCCAUGUUUGCUUUUGCCUAUGUUUGGGGAUUCGGCGGCCACCUACACGACAGGCACACUGAGAUGUUCGAUCAGUUUGCCCGUCAGCUUCUGGGUCGUGCAACCCAUGACAUCAUCCUUCCUCCAGAGGGCACUGUUUAUGAUAUCCACAUUGAUGCAACCCUCGGCAUCUUGGUGUCUUGGGCGGAUACGAACAGAGAGAAGAUGAGGACAAUCAGUGCUAACUUCGUUGUCACUCCUGAGGCCGAGAGAUAUUUUCAUUUACUGGACAUCUUGGUCGGAGCAAACCAACCUGUUCUGUUGACGGGAGCUCCAGGCAUUGGUAAAACAGCGCUCAUUCAGAACAUGGUUCAGCAGAGACACCACUUCCUCUCAAUGGCCAUGUCUCCCGUCCUGGGCUGUGAGACCAUGGAGAAGAUGAUCGUCGGCAAGCUGCGACCUCGCAGCGUGGUGAACGUCAGCUCGCAGCCGACAAAGCCGGGCCAAAUACCCACUGAUCCUCUCUUCUUCAUCGACGAUCUUAACUGCGCCGGCAUGGACAAGACAACAGGAGAACAACCCUGUCUUGAGCUUCUCCGUCAGCUGAUGGCCGAGGGCAGCAUAUACCAACGUGACAGCCUGUCGCACUACUCUCUGGAGAAGACCAACUUCAUCACCGCGUGUUACCCCCCAGGGACUCAGGGCGUCGGGAGCGGCACUUCUUGCCAUAGCCUCAGUUCAAGGCUCUCCAGGCUGUUUGUGGUCCUGUCUUAUUUCACACCUUCGGCCGAGUCCCUCAACCUGUUGCAUGCUGGGAGCCUUCAGAGCUGGCUGGAGGAGUUUCCUGCGUACUCUCUCAACCACCACUAUGAACUUGCUCAGGCAAUCGUCAAGGCCACCAUCCGCCUGCACUCUCUGAUCAAGAGACAGCUGAUGACGAGCCCCGUCAAUCCCCAUUACGUCUUCUCCCUCCACGACGUCAACCGCAUUGUCCAGGGCAUGUUCCUCAUGGCCAACCGGUCAGGCAGGUCAAAGGGCAGGCAUGGAAGGAGAGGUGGAGGUCAAAGGUCACAGGCUAAAGGUACGAACAGAAGCCGGAGAGGUAGGACAGAGAAACUUCAGAAGGAAGGACCCCCUCCUAUGAUGAGAACCAUUAUUAGACUGUGGUGUCAUGAGGCUUGUAGAACAUACUAUGAUAGGAUAGUGUCAACAGAUGACCAAUUCUGGUUUCGAAAUACCCUAGAAGAUGUCAUCCAGACUUUCUUCUGUGGAGGCCCUCCCAAGAAACAUAGACCAAGUCCACCUCCCAUGCCCAUUCCCAUCUCGACUCCGGACAAAGUAUGUGAGGGAACUGAAGCAAGUGAAGAUCAGGAUAGCUCUAGCCAACAGGCUACCCCUCCCUUGCCAGCCUCCCCUACACCUACCAUGAACACAGUGACAGAUGAUGCUGAAGAAACUCAAGAGGGGGCUAUAGCUGACGGGGAUGGCGACCAAGGAGUGUUUGAAACAAGCACCCCGCCCCUCCCACUUCCUCACAAUGACACCCCUCUUGAUACGAAUGGUGAAGGCCCAGCUGGAUUUGAUGCCGAAUCAGAAAUCAGCAUCGCAUCAGCUGUCAGCUCAUUGGAUGUGCCUCUCGAUUUGAAACUCGAGCCUACCAGUACCCCCGCCCCGGUACCAGCAAUAGUUAAGGACUUAGCACCGGACUCGGAGACCUCCCAGUCCCCGAAGACGUUCCAGCCCUGCCCCCCUCCUCCAAGAAUCAAGACCCUGCAUCCCACGCCCCCCUCCCAGCCCGCGGUGCCCCCUGCCAUCAAGAAGGAGGGGGAGGAGAGCAAGACGAGGGUGGGACUGAAGCGAGGGGUGACGUUCAAACCAGGAUUGAUCCACACCGACGCUAAUGAGGAGGAGCAGGAUGUCUUCAAGGGACCAUUGAUUGAGAUGAGUCAGCUGAAAGAUCCAGAAGAAGAUUUAUGUGCAAUACUCUUUGCAAAAUUUGUCCCUGGAAUUGGAAAAGAAGGAAACUAUGUGGAGUACACCGAGCCCAAGAUACAAGCUGGUCUGGAGUCCUGUCUCGCUCAGUACAAUGCAACAGCCCAACAAAAGAUGGAACUUGUCUUCUUUACAGAAUCCAUCCGACAUAUCGCCAGACUGACUAGAGUACUUGGCUCUGAGAAUGCCAAUGCCUUGUUGAUAGGCAUGACCAACGGCACCGGACGUUCUUCUCUCACGCACCUCGCCUCUUACAUGGCCCGUUGUAAGCUCUACACCCCCCAGCUGACCAGGGAUCCUGUUGAGAAUCGACGAAGGCUGCGGAAUCAGAUGAAGCGAGCCAGCAAAACGGCCGGACUGGUCGGUAGACCGGCUGUCCUGCUGGUCAAGGAAGAAGUAGGUCCAGAAGCAAUGGAGGAUUUGUGCUGCAUGAUAAAGGAAGGGACGUGUCCUGACCUGUUCACGGGUGAGGAGCUCGAGUCCUUUGCCUCUCAGAUGCUGACGGGGGCCAAGGUCGUCCCUGGGCAGAGGAACCAGCGUCUUGAGAUGGCCCAAGAGAGAUUACUAAGGACCAUCAUGAAGAAUCUCCAUGUGGUGGUCUGCAUGGAUUGUCAAGAUCACAACCUGACCAGUCUUACCGAUCGGCUGAAGAGGUAUCCUGUCCUACUGACCAGCCACUGCGUGGACAGCUAUCUCCCAUGGACUCAGGAAGGACUAGCAAGAGUAGCGCAGCAUUGGCUCAAGGUUCCUACCAGGGAUGCUUACACUGACAAGCGUAUCCGACUCCCUUGGCCCUCGCACUUCCAAGACCGUGGAGUAGAAGCUCUAUGCCAGGCCAUGGCCUAUGUGCACACCACUGCCGCGGCUACUACGGAGAGGCUCUACGUCAAACCGUUCAAAUUCUUCACUCCAAGCAACUAUCUGGAUUUCUUGGAUCUUUUCAAGAACCUGACAUACAAAAUCACCAAAGAGGAAAGGGCAAAUGUGAAGAAGUAUGAACAGGCUUUAGAGAAGGUGAAUGAGGCGUUUUCCAGCAUAUCCGAUUAUCACGGUGAGAUCACGGCCCUCAAUCCAGAGUACCAGAUGGCUAAACAACGCACGGAACAGAUCUUAGAAGAGGUUCACGAGUGUGAACAGAUUUUUGCCGAUGCAAGGGGUAAUUGUACCGAAGAUGAAAAGGACAUUCUGGCGUUGCAGGAACCGCUGAACGAUAUGAAGAAAGAAGCACAGGCAGAGCUGGAUAAGGUGAAUCCAGUGUAUGAGGCAGCACUCCAUGCCUUGCGGAGCCUGGACAAGGCUGCACUGAAUGAGCUACGAACCUUCCAUGCUCCACCAGCCAAGGUCAUCAACGUCAUCAAUGCUGUAUGCCUCAUGUUCAGGCAGCCGAUGGACUGGUCCAACGGCAAGGUCCUCAUCAACCGCAAGAACUUCUUCCAGGAGCUGGAGUUCUACGACAAAACCUCCAUCCCCAACGACAUCUUCCACAAGCUGAACAUCCUCUUCAUCCAGGAUCCGACCUUUGACCCCGAGGUCAUCAAGACGGCCAGUGUCGCAGCCAGCUCUCUGUGCAUGUGGGUGCACGCUGUCUACGCCUACGCCGUCAUCCAUCGCAACAUGAGACCAAAGCUGCAGAGCGUUGAGGAAGCGGAGGCCAAAGUUCAAGAGGCUCAAGGUCACCUUGGUAGCAAGCGUGUGAAAGCACAGGAUAUGAAAGGUCUUCUAGAACAGAAACGCAAGGAAUACCAAGAGAGUAUCAGACAGGUCAAGCUUUAUGAGAAGAAAAUUCAGGCCAUUGAAGCGAAGAUCAAGGCAGCAACCGACCUGAUGGACAACAUGGAGGAACAGCAUCAGAGCUGGAAGGAGAGCCUGGACCUGUCUAACAACCACCUCAAGACUGCUCCAGGGGACUCCCUCCUGGCAGCAGCCUGUACCACCUACAUGGGCCCGAUGGAUGAGACCACGAGGGCCCUGGUGCUUGCUGAUUGGCUGCACGCCUGCAGGAACGGGAGGUACCAAGUCGGAGCGGGGAGGGCCAGCGCGAUGAGCGGGAUGGAGAACUCAUUGGCAGCGAGUCCUGCCCUGAAUGCGGUUCAAGAGGUCAAUGCUGAUACGGCCCAGGGUAUCCUCCCCGAUGACGAGAGUCCAUCGGCAGAGGUUGAUCUUCCUGCGCAGCUGUCGGUCAUCGACGAGGACAACAACGACGGCAGCCGUGGUUCAACAUCGAGGAGAGAUCAGCCAGAGUCGGAGAUAAACCCUGCUGUUCCCAUCAGGCAGAAUUUCACUGUCGAAGACAUUCUUAGUGAUAAAGAGGAGCUCAUCAGCUGGAGGCACAGCAGCAGAGUGGUGUGCGACCAGUUCUCGGUCGACAACGCGCUGUAUGUCCGUGCGUGCAUAAUUGGAAGACGGCGUCAGUGGCCGCUGUUGAUUGACCCAGACAACCAAGCCUUGAACUGGAUAGUGCAGCUGAAGGAAACGGGAUUGGCCAGUUUCCACGAAACCGUCUACGAAGAGGAAGAAGAGGAAGAAUCUUUAGGCCAGGAUGGUGAACUGGAAGAAGAACUGAACAAUCCGGAGCUGACGGAGGAUCGCCUGAUGGAGAGCAGGAACCUUGAGAGUGCAGCAACGUCUAACUUUGCCCUGAGCAGGGCAGACCAGAGCUCUUUAGGAGGAGAGACGGACUACGGGACAGAGUUUCCGGAAACACCUAGAACCUUGACAACAAAUGGUGGAGUGACGCCCAAGGACAACAUGAGCGAGAAGGACUUCGACAUCCACAGCGUGGGCACCAGCCUCCUCUCCGCCAACUCCCACCCCAUCUCCGUCGACCUGGACGGGGCGCGACCCUUCUCCGACCUCUGGGUGGUGUCGGCCGACGACGUUCUCCUGGAGGAGAGGCUUAUUCAGUCCGUCGUGAUGGGACUUAGCCUGGUCAUCACUAACCUUGAGAGGCGUGACUUCGAUGUGAGGUUCAGCGAUGUGAUGGGUAGGAAUGUCGUUGAGAACGAGGAAGGAGAGAAGUCGGUCAGGAUCGGAAGCCACAUGUACAGUUACAACACCAGAUUUGCUCUCUACCUGACCACCUCUGUGCCUUUAGAGUUAGAAGGUGCUGGUUUUCUGAAGCCCCACACCGACCGGUUUUCUGUGAUCGAUAUGUCGGUCAAUCAGGAAGGCUUGACGACCCGUCUCCUCAUGGACGUGAUGGAUGCCGAAAGACCAGACUUUGCCAACCAUCAUCACUCCAUUAAAUCUGAUAUCAGAGGACAUAAUAAGAUGCUCCAAGAAACAGAUCUGGACAUUCUGAACAAGGUGAUAGAGUUGAAGCAUGGCAUUCUUGACGAUGCCGUCUGGGGAGACACCUUGAAUGCCCACCACACGACGAUCCAGGACACCACCUCUCACCUCAAGGAAAGCUGCAACCUCCUGGCACAACUUUUGGAAAAGCAGCAUCCUUAUCGGUCAGUCGCAGAACAUGGCGCCCUCCUCUUCUUCACCAUCAAACGCAUCUGGCAGCUCCUUCCAACAUACUACAUCCCUCUCCGGCGCUUUAUCCGCUGGUUCGGCAAGACGAUUGGUGCACGCGAGAAAGACCGCACAGAUACCGCCUCACUCAAGGCUCGGGCAGUGGAGCUCUGUAAUGCUUUGACGGAAGAGAUUCACGCCCAUCUCUCUUGCGGAUUCUUCCAACACCACUCUGAUCUCUUUGUGUUUCUCGUCGCCAUGGAGAGGAUGAGGUCGUCGAAGGAGAUAUCGCAAGCUGAAUGGGACCUUCUCGUCACUGGGCUGGAUGGAGCAGUUAUCAAAGAACGCGAUGCAGUCUUUGAUGAAGUCAAUGAUAGCUGUGCUAUUCCUGAGUGGCUUACAAAUGAGAUUUGGAUCAAGUGUGGCCAUCUAGAACAGCUGGUGCCAGCUUUCCAGGGCCUUCGGCAAUCCAUGCUGCGUCACUCUAGCCAAUGGAAGGAAUACUUCUCCUGCAAUCCCGUUCUCCUAGCUCCCGUGCCAGGUCCGGACCUUCAGGAUCUCAGCUUCUGCCAGAAGGCCCUGCUCUGGCGGGUGGUCCUGCCUGACCGACUGGCUGUGAUUUGCAGGCACCUGGUGGUCUAUGAACUUGGUGCCCACACAGGACAUCCUGAGGUGUACAACGCUGAGGAAGUUCUUAAGAGUACUUCCAAGAAUAUCCCCUUGAUCUUUGUCCUUCCUGCAGGCUACCAUGAAGGGAAGCAGACUGGCAUGGAAGGUCACACGGUAAUCGAUCCACUUGCGGAGAUCACCCUCUACUGCAAGCAGAAAGAUGUCCGCACAGUCAUCAACACAGUCUCCCUUGGUAAUGAGAAGCAGAUGAGCCAGGCCGUAGAUGCCCUGCAGGAGUGUAUCGCGAAUGGCCAUUGGCUGAUUCUCAACAACUGCCAGGCUGUCGACCAAUGGAGCGAGGAGUUCCUUCAGAUCAUCCAGCACAUUGUGACUCCUGCAUCCAACGUUGAAAAAACCCUGCCUGCCAAGCCCGUAGAGAAGACAAAGCGCGACGACGCAACGACAACAGACGCAAUGUCCCAGGCCGCUCCUAGUCAGUCCAGUAUCUACGAGGGUAUGGAGGUUCAUUCAGACUUCAAGCUGAUCUUCGUCAUGACAGCGGAUAGCAAGACCCCUCUUCCAGGGUUGGUCGUACAGAAUGGCAUGCAGGUGGCAUGUCAGACCAAUUCAAACUUCAAGGCGACGCUGAGGACGUUCUUCAACCAAGCCAUGGCUGCCGUGGACCAACAUAGACACAUGGUCACCACAACCCAGGCUAAGAGCUUGACAGAGUUGGUGUUUUGCAUGGCCCUUCUCCACACGGUACUCUCACACCGAAGGAUGUUCUAUCAGCUUGGCUUCAACAAAGACUAUUCAUGGGGCGUGGCUGAUUUGAAAGCUAUGAUGUCAUGUCUUAAUUGGUCCUAUAAGGGGGAAUCCCCGUGGGAGAGCAUCAAGACGCUCAGAACCUUCAUCAGUCAGCUGGUAUACGGUGGCCAUGCUGACAUACUGGAUGAUGCAGAGACCGUGAAUGCAUUGAUUGACAGCCUUCUACAGCCAUGGAUAAAUCUCAAGAAAAUGCCCUCUUCAAUGGGAGCAACUUCUCUCCUUGCCUCUCUUGUGAACGAGAUGAGUCGAGGGAGGCGUUCUGGUAGCUCUGCAGGUAACAUGGUCGCCAGGAGAUUCCAGCAUUUAUUCAAUACUAUGCAGGAUGAUGUGGAACCGGCCCAUCUUGGGCUGCCACCCUCAGCACAGCAGCUUCAAGAAGAACGGUCAAGCAGGUAUUUGUCCGAAGCUUUGCAAGCUCUUGAGCGCUAUAGGCCUGACCAUCACACCUGGUACCACCCGUCCUUGCCCAAGUUCCUUCUCUCCCUGGAAGAAGAACUCACUAUCAUCCCACCGCUGCCACCGCCACCUGCAGAAUCCCUCAACCACCUGCAGAACUUCAUCUCCAGCGAGGUCUCUCUCCUGUCCUGUCUCCUGGAAAGGGUCCAUGCCGACGUAGAUCUCCUCCUCAAGGCGGUGGUAGGCGAGGCAGCGCUCGCGCCAGACAUCAACGAUAUCCUGUCUGCUCUCAGCUCCAACGUAGUCCCAUCCAGGUGGGCCCUUCGAAAGGGUGGUGUGCUGCCAAACAGGAUGUUGCUGCCUGACUGGUUGAAGCACUUGAGGAAGAGAGUAGAGACAUUGCAGGGAUAUGUGGAUGCUGGUGAAGCAGUGUCCCCGUACUACAGACUGGACUCCUUUUCUCACCCAGAGGCAUUCAUGGAUGCUGUUAUGUUAGAACACGGGAGAAAGGAAUAUCUUGAGCUCCACCAGCUUCAGAUGAACAUUGAGGUGACGGGCAUGGAGCGAUGUCCAUCAAAGCCACCAGCACAAGGGGUCUACCUGUGGGGCCUCACCCUCCACAACGCGGGCUGGGACCCCAAGCGUUCUGUCAUCCAGCUUCCGACCACCAACACCCCAUCCCACCAGUCUUCGGCCCUCCCUGUGAUCUGGCUCAAGCCUGGACCCAUUGCAGACCCUGCUCAGACAGGAAGCGAGAAAGGAUCACCACUCUCCACCUACCUGUGUCCGGUCCACUGUGGAGAUGUCCAUCCCGAGGAGCUUCAUAGGAGCGAGGCCGUCCUCAAGGUUGACCUGUCCUGUACCUUGGAUUCCAACAUGUGGAAACUCAAGAGAGUCUAUGCCACAUCUUCAUAAAUUAAUUAAAAACAAUAAUAUCUCAUUUAGCCAUGGUUUAUUCGCUUCAGCCCAGUAGGUGAUCUGGUAGGCCUAGGGACCUGGCCAUGAAGGAUUAUCUGCAGUAUUGUCAGUCGGGGUGCAUGGACAAUGCCCAGCACCCCUAGUAAAAAAUAUAUAAUCGUCCAUUGCUAGGUCCAUGACUAGGCCUUGUAUAACAUAAGAUGUUAUAACCACUUGUCUACUUUCCAGUGUGUCAAGUGCAGAAGGUCCCAUUGAUAUAAGGCUACAUAGAUUCGGCCAAGGAUUGAACCUAAAACCUUC